UUGAUGAUACGGAGAAGCCUGAGUUAGAGUGACGCAUCGGCCUAACUUAAUGUAAAUAUAACAAGACAGCGCUGGUCGUGACUAGCAUUUAUCUCAUAUAACAAAUAAAGGUAAAGUCAUCUUCGACUCAUUUUAAGAGGAAAACCGAACAAUCCUCUCAUCAGCAGUUCAUCAUAGGCCAUUUAAAACGCACGGAUAGAGUUUGAGGAGAAGUGGAGUACAUUCAAUUAAGAAAGAAUCAUGACUCACUUUAAGAGGAAAGGUGCAUCUACAGACAUAAUGGUGCUUACCUCUUUAAUGUGGAUGCUACAGUGUGGAGAAGGAAACAUCAAGAUAUUCUCAGUUGUUAUCCCUGUGGUACUGGGCCUUAUAGCAGUCCCUCUCUUUAUUAUCACCGUGCUGUGCCUUAAGCAGUACUGUUCAGCCGAUGAACGCAGACAUCGUAGAGUUAGAGCACGACAAUCCAGGAGAUCAGAAAGUAGUCAUUGUACGGAGAUCAACAGUUCAGGAGUACAGAAAGAGUUCGUCACCCUUGAUGUCAACUCCUUUCUACCGCCAACUUAUGACGAAGCCCUUCUGGGAAAUUUUGCCUCAUCAACUGAAAAUCUUUGUAGUAAAGACGAUGAGACAGAAGAACCGUCCUCUCCGCCUCCAUACGACAUAGUCGCCAGCAUCCUGGGAAACCACCCAUCUCUGUCUGCAGAAGGAGGUAACGCAGAUGCCAGCACAGAAGCCACGCCAGCGGCUGACUGUAAUAGUUCAAUACAGGGGAGCACGAUCCACGUGAAUAUCAUCGAUGUUCAAGAGGCCGGUGCCCCAAUGACAACGGACUUGGUGGAUCACAGUGUUUUGAUCAGCACUCCUGCCCAGGUGGAUUCAUAGGGAUUCAGGGUUACCAGUUAGCAUGGAAGACACAGGGUGUGUUCUCUUAUAACUAAAGGCCUGGGCUGGGCUGGAUUAUGACUUUUUUUUCUUUUUGAAAAAAUUCUCUCACAGUACAGAAAUGUACAGAGAAUUAACAAGAGAAAUAUGUGUGAAUAUCGGGCGGAAAAACAGGCU